UACACUCUGUAAUUAUUGGAAUCAUAAUUACUUCCAUAGUUCCAUUACCUCUGCAGCUAAACGAAGCUCUCUGUUUCACUAGCAGCAAUGUCUAAUGGAUUGCUUCUGAUCUGGUUGAUGAUCUCCCCAGCGAAGUUUGAUCAGAGAAGGAUGAACUCUUAAUUAACUUGUGGAUUGCUUCUGAUCUGUUAUAUUUUUUAAGUAUUUGUUUUCUUACUAAGCACCAUAAGAAAUUAUAUAAGUAGCUGCUGCAAUAUGAGGAAAAUCCGGUGAAAGAUUAUGGGUACUAAAUCCAAGACACGUGUCAUGAAUGAAUGAUUAAUAUAAUAAAGUUUCUCUUUGCUUAGUACUCUUCUAGCACUUUCAUUUGUUUCUUUGGACUAAAUUUGGAUUAGUUUUGUUAAAUUUGGAUUUUGAACAUUAAACACGUGAAGUUAUGAUGAUUUCUAUAAUAUUAUCUAGCUGUUACUGUUCGUUUGUAUUGCCAAUAAAGAUAUAGAUACACUCUGUAAUUGUUGUAGUCAUAAUUACUUCCAGUAUCUCUGCAGCUAAAGUAAGCUCUCUGUUUUCACCAGCAGCAAUGUCUAAUGGAUUGCUUCUAAUCUGGUUGAUCUCCUCUUUUCAUCUCAUCUCUUUGUCAACUUCAUCAACAGCUACCAGUUUUGUCUUCAACAGCUUUGGUCAAGCAAAUCUUUCUCUUGACGGUUCUGCUACAUUGCUUCCCAAUGGAUUACUCCAGCUUGCCAAAGACUCGCAGCAUCAAAUGGGUCAUGCUUUCAUCAAGAAGCCAAUCGUCUUCAGAUCCUCUAAACCACUCUCGUUUUCAACACAUUUCGUGUGUGCUCUGGUGCCUAAACCGGGCUUUGAAGGCGGCCACGGCAUUACCUUUGUGAUAUCUCCUUCUGUGGAUUUCACACGGGCGCAACCAACUCGGUACAUGGGGGUUUUCAACGCCUCAACACAUGGAUCUCCUUCUUUUCACCUGUUUGCUGUUGAGCUCGACACCGUUAGAAACACAGAUUUUCUUGAGACGAACAAUAACCACGUUGGGAUUGAUGUCAACAACCCCAUUUCAGUCGAGUCAGCACCAGCUUCUUAUUUUUCCAAGUCAGAACAGAAGAAUGUGAGCAUAAACCUCUCGAGUGGGAGCCCUAUACAGGUCUGGAUUGAUUACCAAGGAACUCUACUUACUGUUUCCGUGGCGCCUCUUGAAGCUGAGAAGCCAAGUUUGCCUCUUUUGUCACGAUCUAUCAAUCUCUUAGAACUAUUCCAGAGUAGAAGAUUGUUUGUUGGGUUCUCUGCAGCAACAGGGACAGCAAUCAGUUACCAUUAUCUUCUUGGGUGGAGCUUCAGCACAAGCAUGGAAUCAUUGAAGCUACUUGACAUCUCAAAAAUUCCUCUAGUUCCUUCGCCUAGAGUUAAGCAUAAGACACCAUAUGUUCUGAUCAUCGCUCUGCCCGUUGGAGUUGCUAUCAUACUAAUGGUUGUUCUUGCGGGAGUUUAUUACCACAGGAAGAAGAAAUAUGCGGAAGUAAGUGAGCCAUGGGAGAAGAAAUAUGGUACAGACAGGUUCUCUUACAAAUCUUUAUACAUUGCAACAAAAGGGUUCCACAAGGAUAGGUUUCUUGGAAGAGGUGGUUUUGGUGAAGUGCACAGAGGAGAUCUCUCUAUGAACAGAACUGUAGCUGUGAAGAGAGUAUCCCAUGAUGGCGAGGAAGGGAUGAAGCAAUUUGUGGCUGAAGUCGUGAGUAUGAAAAGUCUGAAACACAGGAACCUUGUUCCACUUGUCGGGUAUUGCAGGAGAAAAGGCGAGCUUUUACUUGUCUCUGAGUACAUGCCUAACGGUAGUCUCGACCAGCACUUGUUUGAUGAGCAAACUCCGGUUCUUUCUUGGUCUCAAAGACUUGUGAUUGUGAGGGGUAUAGCAUCAGCUCUCUUCUAUCUCCAUAGAGAAGCUGAACAAGUUGUUUUGCACCGAGAUAUCAAAGCCUCCAAUGUUAUGUUAGAUGCUGAAUUGAAUGGUAGGUUAGGAGACUUUGGUAUGGCUAGGUUUCAUGACCAUGGAAGCAAUGCUGCCACAACAGCAGCGGUUGGCACUGUAGGAUACAUGGCUCCUGAGCUGAUAACAAUGGGAGCUUCCACUGUAACCGAUGUGUAUGCCUUUGGUGUUUUCAUGCUCGAAGUAGCAUGUGGGAGGAAACCUGUUGAAUUCGAGGUGCAAGUUGAGAAACGUUUUCUGAUCAAAUGGGUUUGUGAAUGCUGGAAGAAAGAUUCUUUGCUUGAUGCUAAAGAUCCAAGAUUGGGAGAAGAGUUUGUACCGGAGGAAGUUGAGUUGGUUAUGAAGUUGGGGUUGAUAUGUACAAACAUCGUGCCGGAAUCUAGACCAGCAAUGGGACAAGUGGUUCUUUGCUUGGCCGGGAAUCUACCAUUGCCAGAUUUUUCACCAUACACGAUUGGAAUCGGUUCGUUUACUCCUGUAGUGGUUGAUGCAGCCUCGCUUAACGUCUCAUUUACUUCAAGAAACUGGUCAGCUCCUUCUGCUUCUUCUUCCUCAGCUAACAACUCAAAGGAGGUUGAGCAUCCAUUGGAAUCUAAGAAGUCUCUAAACGUAGUUUCUGAACCUGAAGACAUCGAGUCGAGUCUCUCCAGGACAAACAGUGGCAGAUAAUGAAGUUUAUUGUCAUCCAUAUUACAUCAUGAGCCAGACAUAGACGCUGAGUGUGAGUGUGAGUGAUCUCAAAUUCGGUUUAAAUUGGUUUACCCGGUUCGUGCGUUUGACCAUCAUGACUUAAAUUAAUUCUAUUGACGUUUUCGAAAGUGUGUGUGUCCGUCCCAUAAACGUUAGAAUUCCGGGCGGAGCUGUCCCGUCUCUCUUCUUCCGGCGACGGAGUGAUUUCAAAUAUCUCAGCUCCAAUUCUGGAAGAUAUCGCUUCGCUUAUUUUUGUUAGAUGUUAAAAUUGGAUUGAAAAAACUUAAUUGGAAUUGGAAUCCUUAGUAUGUAUGAGUUAAUUGGAAU